UUCUUGGAUCUGUUUAGUGUUGUUCGCGCCAGGCACGGGAUGUGGUGCAUACAUCAGACUGAAAUAUUAAUGAACGCUGCAUUCAGCCUAUCGUAUUUUUGGCUGUAGCAGCGAUCACACUAACUGGUUUAUACAUUAUACUAGAUAAUGUACAGUAUCAGUAGCUUUGAACAUUUCUGUCCCGGGAGACCUUAACUGACACGCAACACCGAAAAUGUAUUUAAAACACCCGAUUCAAACUAGAAUGCAUUAAAUGUAUUUGAUGUGUUGUUAUUGGGGGGUUUAAAAGUGAUACACAAGUUUGGAGAUAGUUACAUUGCUCGCGGAAAAACACUGUAGUGUCAAUUGAUUGGAAGCUAAGGAAAAUAACAUAGGAUAUCGAGUGGUGAUUUUUGGAGUGGGUUCGAGAAACGCUUUAUGUAACUAUAACAGGGAAUAUUGAAUGUUCCAUAGAUUAUUUGGAAUAACAUUUAUACAGACUUCAUACAGACUUAUUACACAGAACAAACAGUGACAAAAAGAAAUUAUGUAGGAAUAUAAAACAAACAAUGAUUAGGAUGUAUUGUAUAGCAAAAUGAUGAUGUUGCUGCUUGUCGUUGCCUUUGGAAAAACAUCUCAGUCAUUGAGAAAGACAAAGACAAGAAUUAACAAGUAAGUAAACCAAGCUGGUAGAAGAUAGAUCGAGGCUCGAUGUUGGCGACUAAAAGAUCAUGGACCUUUCUAUUGCAUUAUUUCUAGGAUGGAUAUUAACAUGGCUAUCACUUGAUAUCGUAAAUGGAAAGAAUGGAUAUGAGGCCAAAUUUCCGGCAGGGCACUCGGCUGAAAGGAUUCUUAUCAAGCACCUUUUGGCCUCUUACGAGAAAAGUGGCGGGAAAUUUGGUAGGCCGGUAGCCAAUCAUACUCACAUUGUACCUGUCUGGUUCCGACUUCAACUCAUACAAAUUGUCGACCUUGAUGAAAAGAACCAAGUCUUAAAACUCAACUUGUGGACAAAUUAUAAAUGGAUUGAUGAAUUUUUACGAUGGGAUCCCGACGAUUAUCAAGGUGUAAAGGAAAUUCGAAUACCAUCUGAUCAAAUCUGGACACCAGACAUUAAACUCUACAACUAUGCUGACUUGAGAAAAGAUGAAAAAAGAGAUGCACUAUGUAUCGUAAGUUCUGACGGAAAUAUAUCCUGGAUUCCCCAGGGAAUCUACAUGAGCACGUGCGAUAUUGACGUCAUGACUUUUCCAUUUGAUAAACAAUCGUGUUCUUUAAAAUUUGGAUCUUGGACUCAUGAUGGAACAAAAUUAGAUUUUAUGUUCGACGGUCCAGAGCGUAUGGAAGCUGAGGAUUAUUUUGUACCAAACAAAGCAUGGACUGUUAUUGACGUACCUGCAAAAAGGAACGUCAUUCAGUAUGCGUGCUGCCCGGAAGUGUAUAUUGAUUUGACGUAUACAAUAGAGUUCAGAAGAUCUGCAACAUUCUACACAUAUAUCUUAAUCUUACCAUGUGUACUUUUGACGUCUCUAACUUUGGUAUUAUACUGGAUUCCACCGGAAUCGCCUACGAAAAUGGCGUUAGGCAUGAGUAUAUUCAUGGCUUUCUUCGUCUUGCUGUUGAUGUUUGAAAGAAAUAUGCCACCUGCCUCAGAAAAUGUACCGAUUCUAGGAACUUAUUACUGUCUAAACAUGAUCCUAAUUACAACGUCAACAUUCCUCAACGUUUUUGUGGUUAACCUCUCGUUUUAUGGAUCACGAGCACCUGUUCCAAAAGCUUUGAAAAAGGUUAUGUUCCAAUUCUUUGCGAAGAUCAUGUGUAUGGACAACCUUGUAAGACCCUUCUUGGAGGCAGAUAAGAAACGCCUUAUACCGCCGGCUAUUCCCGGGUUUGGCCUAGCAAAUGGUGGCGAAAACAAAUGGCCGAAGAAUUGGAAAGGAUCUACAGAUAUUUUGUUACAAAGAAAAGAUGAAAUUGAAGCUGACCCUCAGUUGGCUGAAAUAGACAUUAAACUUACGGAAAUAAGAGAUUUCAUAAAUAUUUACACGGACAGACUUUCAGACAAAGACCGGAAAGAAAAGAUUGCUAAAGAAUGGAAAGCGGUUGGGUUAAUAUUCGAUCGGAUAUUUUUCUGGAUUUUUCUGUUGACAAUAUGCACUUCCCUGACGGUAGUGCUGGCGGUUAUAUUUAUGAGUUCCUGAUAUUGAUCGGGUUAGUUGAUCUAUGUGCUCAGUGUCACAUAACGGAAAGAAAUAUUCAGAUAAUUGUUGGGAGAGAAGACCCGGAAUAACUUACCUUGACCUUUUUUUAACAGCUUUGAUUUUUAAGACAUUAAUGUGGUGUUAGGUUUGAUUUCUUUGUAAUGGUCAGAUUAUUAUAUGAACAAACUUUACCUGUUUGCCAUCUCAAAAGGUUUCUUGAUAUUUUAAAAUCUACGAAAUUUCGAGAUAGAGUUCAUUGAAUGUGUACUAACUCUUCCUUUUAUAGCUUUCUAUAUAUAGCAUUUCUCGUGUCUAUAAAUAGCUGUUCUAUAAUUAGCCAUACCUAUGAUCUUUCGUUGUCUUGCUUAUUCGUUCGGAUACAAGCAACGUCUAUCUAUUUCACAUUCACUCUCACUGUAAAAAUGCAUUUUAUAGUUUUUUCUAUCUUGUUGGUAUUAACGUGUCGUUUUCUUUACUCACCUAUCUAUAGACGGCUAGUGUGCAUGGUUCACUUAGAACAUAAUCUUUUGUUAUUUUGAUUAAACAAACAAAACUAUUAUUAAGUCUGAAAAGUAGUUUAGAUAUAUUUUGAAAGCAUAUAACUUCGUUACGAUAUAACUCUUCGGCAAAGGUUUAAUAUUCAUAAUAUCAGACGAAUUGUUACUAUGAGAAAUUAUUUGUCUAGUCUAGUCGGCGAAAACUUAGGCGCCUUUGUUGGAUUGACGAAGUAUAAGUGAUACUUUAGUAUCAGUGCAAAUAAAUCACUGGUUACUAAGUUACAAAGAUUUUUUUUCGGGUGCUAUUUUGCUAUAUUUUUAUUUUUACGGAUUGUUAUUUUUACUUUUUGUUUUGUUUUAACGACAUAUCUUGCAUUUUUAUUUUUAAAUAUACGUAUAUUCAUCUAUAUCCUUGAUACGGCCCGCUACAAGUUUGCUUUUUACCUUCUUUAUCUGAAAUAAUAUGUACCUUUUCCCUCAGCCACUAGUCAUCUUUGCCUUCUUUCUAUCUAGAUAAAAUUAUAUACAAUUAAACGAAAUGAUUUCUUAAAGUAGAAAAAAUAACUAUUUAAAAAAAAUCAGCGGUAGGUACCUGUCUUUAAAAAUUCGUCGCUAAAGUAGGUAUAGCAUUUAGUAGUAUUAAAAUUGAUCAUUUAAGUGUGACAUUUACGUAAUAUUUUACGUAUAACAUAACAUUUAGCUGUGAAAUAUAGGUGUGAUAUUUAGGUCUGACGUUUAAGUGUGACAUUUAGUACCUAGGUACUGCUAACCCAUCACCGAAAACAAAAAGAAAGCCUCACACAAAACAAUGUGGAGGUGCCUUAUUUACCAGGGCCCAUGCUCAUCAACGUUUAAAUGCUUGAUUUUCUAAAUUCAUUCACAUUUAUAAUCAUUAUAUUCAAAAUUUCAACUAAAACAUUGCAAAAGAUUUAUAUGUAUUUUUUUAAUAUCUUUUUUGUUUUCCUGGUUUGCAGCGAUCUUUAAAAGAUAUAUGUUACAUGUUUAGGCCUUGGUCCUUUAUUUGUACUUGACAAUUAAUGUCUCAGGUUUUUUUUUUGGUCUUUAAACGUUGAUGAAAAUAGGCGUUGAUUGAGAUAUUGUGUUCAACUGGCUAUAUGUCCGAUACAUGUUAAACUUGUUCUUAAUCCUGUUGUCUACUGUUUAUGUAAACAAGUAAACAUGUAAACUUUUCUCUUACAUAUAAUUUUCUAAAUGUAAGUAUGCAAAAUAGCUUGCAAUGGCCUGUUGUUUACAUGAAAGGAAUCAAAAACAUAUGUUCAACUUUUAUAAGCUUCUGUGUAUUAUAUGUAUUAAGUAACUAUUUUUCAAAAAAAAAGAAAUAUAAAACAGUUCUUUUAGAGAAUUAACGAUCAACGCUUUCCUUGCAUGGUUUUGACCUCGAUACAAAAUAUAGAUAAUAGGGAAGGGUGAUGGCAUAUCAUGUAUGCAAACAAAACAAAAAUUCUAAAUUAUGCCAAUGAUUGCGUAUGCUUAGCAUUAAUGCAUAUCAAGCUAAGAGGUUAUUUAAAGACAUUAUUUUUUAUACUGCGGAGCGGGAAGGAAUGUUGUAAGCUUUUGAGGGGUUUCGGCAUUGUUAAUGAAUAAUGUCGGUGUUGAUUUGAUGAAGAUCGUUAGUUCUAUAUCUAAAAUGAAUAUUUUGAUAAAUACCAAUGUCAAAAACUGUUGAGCUAUAAGUAAACUUAUAUAAGAGAUCAAGCAAAAUAAACAAUGAAUUCAUUUAGUUAUUUGAGCAAACGUAUCAUAUUACAAUCUAGGAAGAAUGAAAUUUGCUUGAUAUAUUAAAACAAAAUAAUUCCUAAAGUAUUAAUUAACCUGAACUAUGAGAGAAUAUAUGUAUUAUUCGAAAUAUAAUGAAUCAAUUAAAUUAUUUCAAAGAUGAAACAUUAGAAAAUUUUCUUAGAAUAUAAAGAGACAAUCCGGAAUAAAACUAUACAUAUAUUUAUUCCUAUAUUGGACAAUUACAAAGCCUAUAUCGAAUGCACGUUUAAUAACUUCAAAUGUAAGAUAUAUAGUAAAUAUCUAUUAACUUAAUAAAGAGUUAAAACGGAACAUAAUUCCGACAAUUCGGAUCAUUUCAUUUACAUUUAAUUUGAAGGGAUAGUAUGUACAUGUAUUUUCAUGAGUAACGGCCGGCCUACAGUGUAUGCCUUUCAAAACCUGAUUUUAUUUAUAUUUAGCGUAUCAGUAGUUAACAUUUUGAAAAUUGCAUACUUCGAUAUAAAUCCCUAUUUUCUUUUUUUCAUUUUUUAUAUUCAAAUUUUAAUUAUGUGUUUCUUUACUUCUAACCCCCUUUGCGUUUUUGUCAUGUCCUUUAUAGAAUGAUAACAAGUUUAGGUAAAUCACUUGUGUUUGUUUAUUAGUCACGUGUCUGAUUUGUCACGUGUUUGAUGUGUCACAUGUUAAUGUUAAUAAGUGUAUGUGUUAAUGUGUACGUAGAUGUAGUUCUAAAAUUCAUAAUGGUGGCGCAUAAAAGCCGUAUCACGUGCGGGUUAGAGAAAAAAAUCAAAAUGGCGGAAAUCAGUCACCAUAGUUCAUUCAUAAUUGAAGUAUUUCAAUGUUAAGUAUUGUUGUGAGAAAUUUUAGAAUUUGAUAUCAUAUUAGAGCAUGGUUUGAGAGAAUAUUUUGAUUUUACUAAAUAUUGAAAGAUGUAGAUAAAUGCAUGUAAAGAAAGUGUUUGAAAACAUUUUUUCUUGCUUUAUUUUUGAAUGGAUUACAAUUAUUUUUUUUUAAUUUUUGAAAAAAAUAAUCCCUCUUCUUUCAUUUUCUUUUCAGUAAACUAGCAGCCUAAUCUAAUUGUUAUUCUACCAACUGUUCAAAUAAAACGAUGCUUUACAAAUGAAGUAUUAUUAUACAAAGGGCAAAUGCCAAUGUUUAUUGUGUUAGCAGUAUUAGUAAACAUAAAUUAGAUUUAAUAAUCAAUGUUACAGGUAUAUUAUUUGAAUAUUAUUUUUUAUUAAAUUUUAUACCAACAUAAACGUAAUUAUACGAACAAUUUGAGAAUUGUUCAAUUGGGCUUCUAGUUUCUUUCGAGAGCCACCUUUAUGGCUGAAAGCCUAUCUGUAGAUUAAUAACUGAAGUUAUGGUGUCCUAUGAUAAACAUAGACACAAAUACUUAUAUUAUAAGACUUGAAGCCACUUGGAUAUAUUUUUUUUGCAAAUCAGUGAUUGUUUUCCUUUUAAAAUAUAUAAGUGUAUAAAUUAUGUUUGUUGAUUUUGUCUAUGCAAUGUCAAUUUGAAGACAAACGCAAGUAAAGCAUCGAAUAUGAUUGUUCUUCCGAAUAACAAAGCAUUAAGUGAUUUGUACGGAUGCACACACAAUAUAAACGAACAUUUCUUGCAAUUUUACUGAUGCGCAAGAAAAUAAAAUUCACAUUUUAAUUGUUUUCUUUAUCCUGUUUUAAUUAUUUUAUAAAGAAAAUAUACGUUUUGAAUAUAUUAGUUUAUGUUAUUUAUUUUAAAUUUACAACGAUUGCAGUGUGUUGUUUCAGCACUUUUAUAACUUUAAAUUUUUCCCGAGUGAAUGUAGCUUUGUAGAUAUUUUUACAUUAAAUAAGAAAAACACCGAAUACGUUUUUUUACCUUGGAAUCAUAUGUAAAUAUAGAGUCAAAUACACAAACACAACUUAUAAUUUUACUUCUUUUCUAGAACAUUCAGGGAUAAAACAAUUAUAACAUUUAGCGGAAAAAAUGUUUUAUUACAAUGAUUUUUGUGGUUUUGCUAAAACAGUGACGCCUAAAUUUGAUGAAAUCAGGUGUCAAUAAUUUUCGUUCCUCCUUCAUUAUUGUAAUUAAUUAGACAUACAUUUUAAAGGUCAAAAAUGGUAUAAUGUCAGUUGUCAAAAUUAUAGGAAGGAAAACUCUAAUAAUUGACAAUAAUACGAGUUUUUAAUCGUUUUUGUUUAUUUUAAAGUCUUAGAGUAUUUAUGUUUAAACCAUGACAAUAUAAAUAUCCAUUAGUUUGUAGAUCUAUAUUAGUGUAUAUCAGAUGUUUUCUCUUCAUGAAAUCAUACUUGUUUUUAAAAGAUUGUACAUAAAUUAUAGUUGUAUCAUUCAAAUUACACAUUUCGAUGUUAAGUGUCUUUAGUGUUCGUUAAUUAACACCUGGAUUAUCAUAUUAACAUAUGCCAACGGCAUAAGAAAUAAAUUCCUAAAAUGAUCUAACGUUACAUUGGCAAUAAGCAUACGUUUAUUGCAACAACAACAAAUUAACAUAUUUAUUUGAUUGGUAUGUAAUGAAAUAAUGUAGCAUGUAUCAAAUUUGCAAAGUCUUUCAUUCUGCUGAUAUAGAUAUAGUUCUCAACUUUCAAAAUGAACCAUGCCAAAUGUGAUGGUUAAUCAGAUGAAGAAAAUGUCAUGUUUCUUAUACGCUUGAAUGAACUUUUCUUUACAUUAUACACUAUUGAAUAAGUAUUUGAUGCAACAAAAAUUGAUCACUGAAUGUAUGUUAUACAUUCUAGCUUGCCCAACCAAAAUGUUUAUUAUCUCUCUUUGCGAAAUGUAUGAAGCGUUGUUAAUUAUUCGGCAGGAACACACAUUCAAAGAUUGUAAAUUAUUUCAUGCUUUCCAGUGUUUUAUUGUAAUAUAUCAGAUGAUUAUAUUCUGAUAAACCACUAGUGAUAUUUAUAAAAUAUAAUUUUCACAGUAGCCGGACUAUAUCUGAAUGCAGAUGAAAAUAAAAUCAUAACGAAAUGGAAUAACAGGCAGAUAUAAAUGCCGUCACA